CCCAACUCUGGGAAGGAGUUUGGAUCACAGGAAAUUUUCUGCGGAAGCCAGCAUCAUACAAGAUGCAAGGGGCCACUAUAGCUAGUACCAGGUAGUGCCACAUGAUGCCAACAGCACAUCAUACCGUUAUGGUGGCAUAAUAUCCUGUCGCUUGUUGUUGUUGACUGAUCCCUACAGAGCUAUAAUGAGUGAAGUUCCUUUGUCCCACCUCUCUUCAUAUCAGAAGAAGAACACCGAUAAUGAUGAUGUCGAACAGAAUGCGUCGGAAACAAGCGGUCUACUAACCUAUGGUUCCAUCCCCAGGGUCUCCAACGAAGAACACGAUCUCACAGACUUUCACCAGUCGCUGAUGAGUGAUCCCAAACGAGGUCGUACGAGGCGAUGGAUGAUUCCUUCGAUAUGCGUACUCCUGUAUUGUCUCAUCACAGUUACAGUUGUUACCGAGCCUGAGGUGGGGCUAGUUUUCAAGAAGAUGUUUUUCAAGGUGGUCAUGGUAUACGAUGGACCUCUGGGCGCGCCAUCUCCCAAGUCUUCCAAGGACGAGUCCACGAUGACCAAGGCCGAAAAGAAAGCAGCAAAGGAAGCCGCAAAGGCUGCCAAGAAAGCCGCCAAGGAGGCGAAAAAGAAAGCAAAGGAAGAGGCCAAGAAGGCAAAGGAAGAGGCCAAGAAGGCCAAAAAAGAAGAGGAGAAGGAAGCCAAGGCGGCUGAGAAGCUGGCCAAAGAGCCCGAACCAUAUCCCGGAUGUUUGGAAGUCAACUUGACCUACGUCAAGACCAAAGGGACCUGGGAAGAACACGAAGCAAACGCCACUGCCAGCGGUUGUCAUUUGGCAUCAAUCCACAAAAUGGCAGUCAGCAGUACCGUUGCCACUGCAAGUCUCUUUGGUUUGUUGACUGGCCUCGAGAUUGCCGCCAGCUUCACGGGAGGCUACACCCUCAACACCUCGUAUUGGUUGGGAGGCGAAACGUUUGUGGAUUCCAGUGGUGGGCUCGAGUGGGGAUGGAGUGAUGAAUCCUUGUGGGACUUUGGUACAAACACAUCCACAGCAGUCGCAGGCUGUUUGAAGGCAAACAUAACCUUUACAGAGAUCGCCGUGAAGAACAUUACUCCAGCAGGGCACUGGUCAGCCGCGGAUUGCAGUACCCUCUUGCCUGCGGUUUACAAAUGCUGCGUUACCCCGUUGACUUUUGCGCCCACAAGCGACUUUCCUAGUGAAGCCCCAAGCGACACACCACAAUUCACAGAAAGUCCAACCGCUGCAAUUACAGCACAAUUCACUGAAAGUCCAACCUCUGCAGUGACAACGGAUUCCCCUACAGACUCUGCAAUCAUCACACCCGAGCCAACUGAGAUUCCAGUAACCUCGUCUCCAACUCUGCACCCUGCAACGCCUCCACCCAGUCCAGUCCCUACAAAAGCGCCAACAACCCCGUUGCCCACUGAUACCCCAACAGUAGCUCCUGUUCCAGACCCCACACCACUACCAACUCAAGCUCCAUCGCUGCCACCUGUAACACUGACACCCACGCCUCUCCCAACUGCAGCCCCAACGUUGCCUCCUUCAAAGCUACCCACCCCCCUUCCCACGCUUCUCCCAACUGAAGCUCCUACGUUGCCACCUACAAAGAAACCGAUCGGUACGGAGCCGGAAGCUACUAAGAAACAAACAAAGGAGAAGAAGAAGGGAAAGCGCGGUUAAGACGAUGGCGAGCUUUCUGGAUUAGGAUGACUUCGGCGUCGUCGGAGGGUUAAUUUUGUUAAGUUUUGUAAUCAAUUUUGAAUGGAUGAGUGAUGAGUGAUGUAACCUGCAUGCGAUGAAGAUCUAUGAACUGCAACAUUGAAGACGCAGAGCGCGGCUGAAAUUUAAACACUGUAAAACUGGUUUCUUCUAAUGAAUCUUCACACAAUUCGAACAUCCUCUUCAGAUCUCUCUAUCUAUUCCAUUUUGGUGCCACACUAGCUACCGGUAGCCAGAUAUGCCAGAGAGCACUCUGCACGGAUAGCCUCUGUCCUUUCCUUCCUUUCCAGCUCCCUCUCCGCAUAUUUUUGGCAGUACUAGAGCUAGCUAGUACCGGUACCAGCCUGUACAGCGUAAACCUUCCCCGGUCUUGGCUGCUGAUUCCGGCCGUCUGACCGUCCACCGUCAACCGGAAUCUAGCCUCCACUCAUCUACAGAUCCAGAGACAACAAAGUAGCUUUUCCUCAUAAUCUUAUAACAUCAUUCGUAAUACAUCUAUCGCUACCUUUAGUCUCUUCAACAGAUGUUAUAAGAUCCUUCUAUACAACCGAUACCACCACCGAUCCGCUACACUGAUCGACCGGCACGACGCACCUCUAUCGAACGAACGGCACGACGCACCUCUAUCGCUCGACGAACGCAC